GUCCUUUUAUUGUGGUGUUGUUGCUAUCCCAGGCUAUCCCCAUGUUUAAAUUCGUGGGAGAAGGAGAGUGAACGUCUUGGAGCUCAAAUAGAAACAUAGCAACCUGUUGCACGCCCUGCGACCCGCGGCAGCCUGAUCCUGCUCCGUGUGACAGAAGCAGCCGUUCAGUGGCUCCGGAGCCGUGUUCAAGGUGCGACAGUUCAGGUCUGUAAUCAGUCUUCCUUUUAACAUAUUAAUGAAGCAGUGGAGACAAAAAUAAGGAAGAUUUCAUCUUUCAAACCAAGGACUUGUCAUGUCUUAUCAUUACAAUGAAGCCUUUGAAAAUCCAGACUACCACUUCUCAGAGACAUUGGAAAUUGAUAGAAGGGGGAGUUCUCAAAGGAAUCCAUUCUCUCACCAAACUUCUUAUGAUUCAUCUCAGUAUGAUCACAGAGGCAGGGAGCAGAACUACCCUGUGGCCAUCCCCAUGGCUUCCCUGGGACCUGGCUCUGACAGCCAGGAUUUACCCAGUACAAGUCCAUAUGGAAAUUUCACAGACAAUCCUUCCUUUGAGCCUGAGCCAGAACUGACUUACACCCCACGUUCUACCUCCCAUAUGCUGGAUUAUCCCUACACUCAUGGAAUUUCCAGUGGAUCAGAAGACAGCUUCAUUCGGAGACGCAACCGAAGACCACCCGAUGAGAUCUUCAGGACUUCUUCCAGCAUGCUUGAAACAGAUCCAGUGUGCAGGGAAGCGGAAGAUUUAGUUGGAAGUCUUGCAAGUAUGUCUAACAAUGAAAGGAUUAAAGCAAUCCAGAGGAUGCCUGAGACCAUGAGAAAAAAGAGAGAGAUCAGAAACAAAGUUCUGAAAGAAAUAACCAAAAAAUCAAGGCAUCGUGGUGCUCAAUGUACACAGUGUCUGCCGGGAGCAGCAGUGUCAUUUCGGCGAUUUGGCAAUACCCUUACAGAACAUUUUCACCAACUGCAGCCAUGGCACAAGACUCUGAAGAUCAUUGGUGCUGAGUUUGGAACAAGUGUUCUUUCUUAUUUUAUUUUCUUGAAGUGGCUGCUAAAUUUUAACAUCUUCUCUUUCCUCAUAAACUUUGGUUUCAUCACAAUUCCUCAGUUUCUUGCAGCAGAACCAAAUAACCUUUCCUUCACGGGCCUGGAGCUGCUCACUGGAGCUGGUUAUUUUCAACAAACAGUGCUCUACUAUGGCUCUUACACCAAUGCUACAAUCAGUAAAGUGGAGAACAGUGCAUCUUACAAUAUGCAGCUGGCCUAUAUUUUCACUGUUGGAACAUAUUUUGUCAUCUGUUUUCUUAUCUUGUUGUUCAGCAUGGCAAGAUUAUUCUCCAGGAACUUUGUUAACCCUCAGGCACGCUCUGUGAAUGCCAGCAAGCUGCUCUGCACUUGGGACUUCAAUAUAACUAAUGAAAAAGCUGUGAAGCUGCAACAAAAGAAUCUCCUCACACAAAUAAAGGAAGGUCUCACUGAACUAAACAAAGAAGUUCAAAAUUUUUCUGUGAUGGAGAGAGUUGUUCGUUUUGCUACUCAUCUCAUUGCUUGGGUUGCUUCCCUGGCAGCAGCAGUAGCUGCUUGUGCUGGUGUUUACUUCCUCUCCAUUAAUAACCUCAAGCUGUUUAUGGGAGGGUAUAGCAAUGAUCUACAGAGACAAUCUGCCAUGUUGGUGCUACCUGUGAUUGUAUCUCUCCUCAACACAUUGAUCCCAUUCUUCUUCUCCUGGCUUGGGCACCUGGAGAAUUUUCAGACUCCUGGACAGCACAUAUAUGUCACUAUUAUCAGAAAUAUCAUCCUGAAAAUUUCAAUUGUUGGAAUACUGUGCUACUACUGGCUGAACAUUGUGGCUACCUCAGAGUCACAGUGCUGGGAAACUUUGGUUGGCCAAGAUAUCUAUCGUCUUGUUCUAGUUGACUUCAUAUUUUGUUUGCUUGGCUCUUUCUUUGGAGAGUUUUUACGAAGAAUUAUUGGAACUACAGUCUGUGUGAGCCUGGGGCUGCCAGAAUUUGAUAUUGGGCGAAAUGUUUUAGAUUUGAUCUAUGCACAGACUUUGACCUGGAUUGGUAUCCUGUUCUCACCUCUGUUGCCUGGUAUCCAGAUGAUAGCAUUUCUUAUAGUAUUUUUUGUGAAAAAGGUCAGUCUGAUGAGGAAUUGCCAGCCCCCUUGCAAAGUCUGGAGAACUGCUCAAAUGAUGACAUCCUUCAUUUUCCUGCUGUUUUGUCCUUCCUUCCUUGGAGUCCUGUCUGUCAUUGGAGUCACUGUCUGGAGGUUAAAACCUUCAGAAGAAUGUGGUCCUUUCAGAGGUUUGCCUUCCAUGUAUGCUGCAGUUGCUGAGUGGAUACAAAUGCUGGAAAGCUACACUGCCUGGAAAUGGGUAGUGUGGAUCUACCACAAUUUAAUUUCAAGUGAACUUUUCUUCUUCAUCAUCUCUACUUUUGUACUAGUUGUUACUUAUCUUUACUGGCAAAUAAUACAAGCAAGGAGGACCAUGACCAAACUCUUACAUAACCAAAUUAUUAAUGCAGGAAAGGAUAAGAAGUUUCUACUCCAAAAGCUACAAAAAGUGCAAAGGUCGAAGAGAAGCUCGUCUGCCCUGGGAGGAAGAGGCCAGCAGAGAAGCUCCUCUUCAUACCACCCAUCAAUGCAAUCUGCCCAGGAGGUGCCAGGCUUCCCAGAAAUAGCAUUUGACAGAAGCCAAAACACAUCCUACAAUGAGCAUCCCUUUUCUGUUGAGAUCUCAAGCAGCAGUGACUUUCUACCAGGCGGCGAGCCCAGCCCGCCCCGGGCCGUGGUGCUCGCCCUGCGCGCCCGGGCAGCGGCGCUGGGGGAGGACAGCGAUGGCACCGGAGGGUUCCAGGCACGGGCAGGCACGGGCAGCGAUGGCACCGGAGGGUUCCAGCCCCGGGCAGGCACGGGCAGCGAUGGCACCGGAGGGUUCCAGCCCCGGGCAGGCACGGGCAGCGAUGGCACCGGAGGGUUCCAGGCACGGGCAGCGAUGGCACCGGAGGGUUCCAGCCCCGGGCAGGCACGGGCAGCGAUGCCACUGGAGGGUUCCAGGCACGGGCAGCAUCGAGUGAAGGCACUGGCUGCAGGAAGUAAUCCUCUCUUGUAUUAAUGACUAAAAGAAUCUCUCCAACAUCUUUUUUUACAUCUAAAUGGAAGGAAAAAAUAGAAGAACAGGUUCCAAAAUGUGUCGGGACUUCGGUUUUUUUACUGUGAUAAGGAAUAUCCACCUGGGGGGGUUGUUUUGCAGCAAUGGCAUUUGGUGACAGCCUUCCCCCAGGACUGGCAUCACCUCGAUGCAGUAAGGCUCCCUCCGUAGCUGACCACGAGUUGUUGACUAAAUAUAAGGGAACUUGUGCCUAACUGUAAAUAAAAGCUGUGUUUUAAAAAUAUUUUUCUAACAGUUACAUUGUUUUACCUGUUUUAUCAGCUUUUAUCUGAACUAUUGGUCAAAUAAACAGAAGUAUAUUAAAGUGCAGUUGUUUUUAAUGACUGAGACAUUGUAAUGGCUGUGAAAUAACUUGUGUGAACUGGGUUCAUUUUUUCUGAGCCAUUUUUAAAGUUUAUUACAGUCACUUAAAAGCAGCUUUGAUGAAGCCAUCAGAACAAAGAGUGUCUACUUAUCAAAUUGUCAUCUGUGUAAAAGUAUUGCUUGUAAACUGGAACUUUACAUGUCUUUUACUAUAAAGGAUUGAUUGGAAUUAACACAACUAAGACUUAUUUUUUUUAAUUAUACAUGACUGUGAGAUUUGAUCCAGCUUCUUUUUAUUCAAGACUACAACUUUGCCACCACCAUGAUAAUUUUUGGUUUGUUUAGUUUAGCUCAUUUUCUACUAGUGCCUGUUUUUUCCCUCCCUUUUUGCUCUGGAAAGAGGCACAUCUUUUCAUCUUGCUCAUAAUUUAGGCUAAAGACAAGCCAGGCACAGAGAAAAGGACAAACUUUACACACAAGGCAAGAGCAGAGAUUGUUUUAUUGUUUCCCUGCACAUACAGCUGUGGAGCCUGGCUGUGGGCACUGGACAUGGACCUGGUGUUUGCACUGAGGGUGGUGACUCAGCAGUGCCAGAAACUCAAGCAGCAACCCCAGCUGGACCUUUGGAGCAGGGCCAUUAGCCUUGAAGAGUCAUUGCCCUUCAGUGGGGCUCAGCAGUCACAGGAGAGGCCUCAGUACCCAGGAAGGGCAGGACAGGAUCUGGACAUAAACCUACACAUUCUAUAGGAUGUGCACCAGGAGGCUGAGAUUGCUGCUUCUGCAGUGCAGGGGCUCAGUGACAGGGAAAAGCACCUACUUUGUACUUCUUUGUGCCUGGAUGGAACUCAGG